AGUUCCCGACUAAUUACCUCUGACUACUCGUUUAUUUACGUCUGACGAACACCGACAGACCUUGAACAAGCUCUAACCUGUGCCGAGGCGAUCAGCUGAUCGACGCGAGUCAUCUCCCGCCAGAAACCACUCGCCAGAGUUCGCCACCAAUAAAAAUACACGCGAAGUUCACCACAGCUUUGAUAAAUAAUGUUCUGAUAAAAUUCGACUGAACUCUUGAUUGAACGCAUCUUCUGCUAGCGGAGUUGAUUAAAAUGCCUCGAGGAGCUUUAUUGGUUCUGGAGGGUUGUGACAGGGCAGGGAAGUCAACUCAAGUUAAAAAACUUGUCCAGGCGCUCAAUGACAUGGGAAUUCCAGCAGAAGAGCGACGAUUUCCUGAUCGAAGCACAACAAUUGGAACAGUUAUAGACCAAUUCCUGUCGAAUAAGAACGAUUUUCCACCCGAAACAAUUCACCUGCUGUUCUCAGCGAAUCGAUGGGAGUGUGUGGCACACAUGAAAAAGGCCCUCGAAGCUGGAACGACAUUAGUAGUUGAUAGAUAUGCAGCUUCAGGUGCUGCCUACGCAGCAGUAUCAACACAGAGGAAUUUAUCCUGGUGCAAGGAGCCCGACAGGGGUCUCCCAGCCCCAGAUUUCGUCGGUUUCUUGGCCAUUGAUGAUAACGUCCUGACUACCAGAGGUGGCUGGGCGAAUGAACGCUUCGAGAAACGAGAAUUCCAACAAAAAGUGGCUGAGAAUUUCCUCAAAUUGAAAGAAGACACGUGGAAGAUUAUUCAAGCGAAUCAAAAAGUCGAGGAUGUCCACAAUGAGUUACUGAAAGAGGCUUUGAAAAUCAUUAAAAAUGUUCAGGGUCAACCCAUCAAAGAACUCUAUGAGUUGUAAGAAAAAAUGUUUCUGUUAAACUUCAAUUGUUUUUCGAACGAACAAGGAACUAAUUCCAAAAAUCUUCAAUGUUUUUGUAAAUGCAUUAAUUAUUUUGGUAAUUCAGCAUUCCACAAGACUACUUCUACAUCUAACGAAAUUAAUUGUUCAUCUAUUCAGGAAAUAGUUCAAAUAAAUUCAGCAAAUUCCGCAAGA